AGGCUUUUGGCCACUAGGAGCUGGCGGAGGUGCAGACCCAAAGGAGCGUUCGCUAGCAGAGGCGCUGCAGGUGCGGUGUGCUACGCGCGCCCACCUCCCGGGGAAGGAACGGCGAGGCCGGGGACCGUCGCGGAGAUGGAUCGCGGGCCGGCAGCAGUGGCGUGCACGCUGCUCCUGGCCCUCGUCGCCUGCCUAGCGCCGGCCAGUGGCCAAGAGUGUGACAGUGGGCAUUUUCGCUGUGGAAGUGGGCAUUGCAUCCCUGCAGACUGGAGGUGUGAUGGGACCAAAGACUGUUCAGAUGACGCGGAUGAAAUUGGCUGCGCUGUUGUGACCUGCCAGCAGGGCUAUUUCAAGUGCCAGAGUGAGGGACAAUGCAUCCCCAACUCCUGGGUGUGUGACCAAGAUCAAGACUGUGAUGAUGGCUCAGAUGAACAUCAAGAUUGCUCACAAAAUACAUGCUCAAGUCAUCAGAUAACAUGCUCCAACGGUCAGUGUAUCCCAAGUGAAUACAGGUGCGACCACGUCAGAGACUGCCCAGAUGGAGCUGACGAGAAUGACUGCCAGUACCCAACAUGUGAGCAGCUUACUUGUGACAAUGGAGCCUGCUAUAACACCAGUCAGAAGUGUGAUUGGAAAGUUGAUUGCAGGGACUCCUCAGAUGAAAUCAACUGCACUGAGAUAUGCUUGCACAAUGAGUUUUCAUGUGGCAGUGGAGAGUGUAUCCCUCGUGCUUAUGUCUGUGACCAUGACAAUGAUUGCCAAGACGGCAGUGAUGAACAUGCUUGCAACUAUCCGACCUGCGGUGGUCACCAGUUCACUUGCCCCAGUGGCCGAUGCAUUUAUCAAAACUGGGUUUGUGAUGGAGAAGAUGACUGUAAAGAUAAUGGAGAUGAAGAUGGAUGUGAAAGCAGUCCUCAUGAUGUUCAUAAAUGUUCCCCAAGAGAAUGGUCUUGCCCAGAGUCGGGACGAUGCAUCUCCAUUUAUAAAGUUUGUGAUGGGAUUUUAGAUUGCCCAGGAAGAGAAGAUGAAAACAGUACUACUACUGGAAAAUACUGUAGUACGACUCUGUGCUCUGCCUUGAACUGCCAGUACCAGUGCCAUGAGACGCCGUAUGGAGGAGCAUGUUUUUGUCCCCCAGGUUAUAUCAUCAACCACAAUGACAGCCGUACCUGUGUUGAGUUUGAUGAUUGCCAGAUAUGGGGAAUUUGUGACCAGAAGUGUGAAAGCCGACCUGGCCAUCACCUGUGCCACUGUGAAGAAGGGUAUAUCUUGGAACGUGGACAGUAUUGCAAAGCUAAUAAUUCCUUUGGCGAGGCCUCCAUUAUCUUCUCCAAUGGUCGGGAUUUGUUAAUUGGUGAUAUUCAUGGAAGGAGCUUCCGGAUCCUAGUGGAGUCUCAGAAUCGUGGAGUGGCCGUGGGUGUGGCUUUCCACUAUCACCUGCAAAGAGUUUUUUGGACAGACACCGUGCAAAAUAAGGUUUUUUCAGUUGACAUUAAUGGUUUAAAUAUCCAAGAGGUUCUCAGUGUUUCUGUCGAAACCCCAGAGAACCUGGCUGUGGACUGGGUUAAUAAUAAAAUCUAUCUGGUGGAAACCAAGGUCAACCGCAUAGAUAUGGUAAAUUUGGAUGGAAGCUACCGGGUUACCCUUAUAACUGAAAACUUGGGGCAUCCUAGAGGAAUUGCCGUGGACCCAACUGUUGGUUAUUUAUUUUUCUCAGAUUGGGAGAGCCUUUCUGGGGAACCUAAGCUGGAAAGGGCAUUCAUGGAUGGCAGCAACCGUAAAGACUUGGUGAAAACAAAGCUGGGAUGGCCUGCUGGAGUAACUCUGGAUACGAUAUCGAAGCGUGUUUACUGGGUUGACUCUCGGUUUGAUUACAUUGAAACUGUAACUUAUGAUGGAAUUCAAAGGAAGACGGUAGUUCAUGGAGGCUCCCUCAUUCCUCAUCCCUUUGGAAUAAGCUUAUUUGAAGGUCAGGUGUUCUUUACUGAUUGGACAAAGAUGGCCGUGCUGAAGGCAAACAAGUUCACAGAGACCAACCCACAAGUGUACUACCAGGCUUCCCUGAGGCCCUAUGGAGUGACUGUUUACCAUUCCCUCAGACAGCCCUAUGCUACCAAUCCCUGUAAAGAUAACAAUGGGGGCUGUGAGCAGGUCUGUGUUCUCAGCCACAGAACAGAUAAUGAUGGUUUGGGUUUCCGUUGCAAGUGCACAUUCGGCUUCCAACUGGAUACGGAUGAGCGCCGCUGCAUUGCUGUUCAGAAUUUCCUCAUUUUUUCAUCCCAAGUUGCUAUUCGUGGGAUUCCGUUCACCUUGUCUACACAGGAAGAUGUCAUGGUUCCAGUUUCAGGGAAUCCUUCUUUCUUUGUUGGGAUUGAUUUUGAUGCCCAGGACAGCAGUAUCUUUUUUUCAGAUAUGUCAAAACACAUGAUCUUUAAGCAAAAGAUUGAUGGCACAGGAAGAGAAAUUCUUGCAGCUAACAGGGUGGAAAAUGUUGAAAGUUUGGCUUUUGAUUGGAUUUCAAAGAAUCUCUAUUGGACAGACUCUCAUUACAAGAGUAUCAGUGUCAUGAGGCUAGCUGAUAAAACGAGACGCACAGUAGUUCAGUAUUUAAAUAACCCACGAUCAGUGGUAGUUCAUCCUUUUGCCGGGUAUCUAUUCUUCACUGAUUGGUUCCGUCCUGCUAAAAUUAUGAGAGCAUGGAGUGACGGAUCUCACCUCUUGCCUAUAGUAAACACUACUCUUGGAUGGCCCAAUGGCUUGGCCAUCGAUUGGGCUGCUUCACGAUUGUACUGGGUAGAUGCCUAUUUUGAUAAAAUUGAGCACAGCACCUUUGAUGGUUUAGACAGAAGAAGACUGGGCCAUAUAGAGCAGAUGACACAUCCAUUUGGACUUGCCAUCUUUGGAGAGUAUUUAUUUUUUACUGACUGGAGACUGGGUGCCAUUAUUCGAGUCAGGAAAGCAGAUGGUGGAGAAAUGACAGUUAUCCGAAGUGGCAUUGCUUACAUACUGCAUUUGAAAUCGUAUGAUGUCAACAUCCAGACUGGUUCUAAUGCCUGUAAUCAACCCACGCAUCCUAACGGUGACUGCAGCCACUUCUGCUUCCCUGUGCCAAAUUUCCAGCGAGUGUGUGGGUGCCCUUAUGGAAUGAAGCUGGCUUCCAAUCACUUGACAUGCGAGGGGGACCCAACAAAUGAACCACCCACGGAGCAGUGUGGCUUAUUUUCCUUCCCUUGUAAAAAUGGCAGAUGUGUGCCCAAUUACUAUCGCUGUGAUGGAGUCGAUGAUUGUCAUGAUAACAGUGAUGAGCAACUAUGUGGCACACUUAAUAAUACCUGUUCAUCUUCGGCGUUCACCUGUGGCCAUGGGGAGUGCAUUCCUGCACACUGGCGCUGUGACAAACACAACGACUGUGUGGAUGGCAGUGAUGAGCACAACUGCCCCACUCACGCACCUGCUUCCUGCCUUGACACCCAAUACACCUGUGAUAAUCACCAGUGUAUCUCAAAGAACUGGGUCUGUGACACAGACAAUGAUUGUGGGGAUGGAUCUGAUGAAAAGAACUGCAAUUCGACAGAGACAUGCCAACCUAGUCAGUUUAAUUGCCCCAAUCAUCGAUGUAUUGACCUAUCUUUUGUCUGUGAUGGGGACAAGGAUUGUGUUGAUGGAUCUGAUGAGGUUGGUUGUGUAUUAAACUGUACUGCUUCUCAAUUCAAGUGUGCCAGUGGGGAUAAAUGUAUUAGCGUCACAAAUCGUUGUGAUGGUGUUUUUGAUUGCAGUGACAACUCGGAUGAAGCAGGCUGUCCAACCAGGCCUCCUGGUAUGUGCCACUCAGAUGAAUUUCAGUGCCAAGAAGAUGGUAUCUGCAUCCCGAACUUCUGGGAAUGUGAUGGGCAUCCAGACUGCCUCUAUGGAUCUGAUGAGCACAAUGCCUGUGUCCCCAAGACUUGCCCUUCAUCAUAUUUCCACUGUGACAACGGAAACUGCAUCCACAGGGCAUGGCUCUGUGAUCGGGACAAUGACUGCGGGGAUAUGAGUGAUGAGAAGGACUGCCCUACUCAGCCCUUUCGCUGUCCUAGUUGGCAAUGGCAGUGUCUUGGCCAUAACGUCUGUGUGAAUCUGAGUGUAGUGUGUGAUGGCAUCUUUGACUGCCCCAAUGGGACAGAUGAGUCCCCACUUUGCAAUGGGAACAGCUGCUCAGAUUUCAAUGGUGGUUGUACUCACGAGUGUGUUCAAGAGCCCUUUGGGGCUAAAUGCCUAUGUCCAUUGGGAUUCUUACUUGCCAAUGAUUCUAAGACCUGUGAAGACAUAGAUGAAUGUGAUAUUCCAGGCUCUUGUAGCCAGCACUGUUACAAUAUGAGAGGUUCUUUCCGGUGCUCAUGUGAUACAGGCUACAUGUUAGAAAGUGAUGGGAGGACUUGCAAAGUUACAGCAUCUGAGAGUCUGCUGUUACUUGUGGCAAGUCAGAACAAAAUUAUUGCCGACAGUGUCACCUCCCAGGUCCACAAUAUCUAUUCAUUAGUCGAGAAUGGUUCUUACAUUGUAGCUGUUGAUUUUGAUUCAAUUAGUGGUCGUAUCUUUUGGUCUGAUGCAACUCAGGGUAAAACCUGGAGUGCGUUUCAAAAUGGAACGGACAGAAGAGUGGUAUUUGACAGUAGCAUCAUCUUGACUGAAACUAUUGCAAUAGAUUGGGUAGGUCGUAAUCUGUACUGGACAGACUAUGCUUUGGAAACAAUUGAAGUCUCCAAAAUUGAUGGGAGCCACAGGACUGUGCUGAUUAGUAAAAACCUAACAAAUCCAAGAGGACUAGCGUUAGAUCCCAGAAUGAAUGAGCAUCUACUGUUCUGGUCUGACUGGGGCCACCACCCUCGCAUCGAGCGAGCCAGCAUGGACGGCAGCAUGCGCACUGUCAUUGUCCAGGACAAGAUCUUCUGGCCCUGCGGCUUAACUCUUGACUACCCCAACAGACUGCUCUACUUCAUGGACUCCUAUCUUGAUUACAUGGACUUUUGUGAUUAUAAUGGACACCAUCGGAGACAGGUGAUAGCCAGUGAUUUGAUUAUACGGCAUCCCUAUGCCCUAACUCUCUUUGAAGACUCUGUGUACUGGACUGACCGUGCUACUCGUCGGGUUAUGCGAGCCAACAAGUGGCAUGGAGGGAACCAGUCAGUUGUAAUGUAUAAUAUUCAGUGGCCCCUUGGGAUUGUUGCGGUUCAUCCUUCGAAACAACCAAAUUCUGUGAAUCCAUGUGCCUUUUCCCGCUGCAGCCAUCUCUGCCUGCUUUCCUCACAGGGGCCUCAUUUUUACUCCUGUGUUUGUCCUUCAGGAUGGAGUCUGUCUCCUGAUCUCCUGAAUUGCUUGAGAGAUGAUCAACCUUUCUUAAUAACUGUAAGGCAACAUAUAAUUUUUGGAAUCUCCCUUAAUCCUGAUGUGAGGAGCAAUGAUGCUAUGGUCCCCAUAGCAGGGAUACAGAAUGGUUUAGAUGUUGAAUUUGAUGAUGCUGAGCAAUACAUCUAUUGGGUUGAAAAUCCAGGUGAAAUUCACAGAGUGAAGACAGAUGGCACCAACAGGACAGUAUUUGCUUCUAUAUCUAUGGUGGGGCCUUCUAUGAACCUGGCCUUAGAUUGGAUUUCAAGAAACCUUUAUUCUACCAAUCCUAGAACUCAGUCAAUUGAGGUUUUGACACUCCACGGAGAUAUCAGAUACAGAAAAACAUUGAUUGCCAAUGAUGGGACAGCCCUUGGAGUUGGCUUUCCAAUUGGCAUAACUGUUGAUCCUUCUCGUGGGAAGCUGUACUGGUCAGACCAAGGAACUGACAGUGGGGUUCCUGCCAAGAUCGCCAGUGCUAACAUGGAUGGCACAUCUGUGAAAACUCUCUUCACUGGGAACCUCGAACACCUGGAGUGUGUCACCCUUGACAUCGAAGAGCAGAAACUCUACUGGGCAGUCACUGGAAGAGGAGUGAUUGAAAGAGGAAACGUGGAUGGAACAGAUCGAAUGAUCCUGGUACACCAGCUUUCUCACCCCUGGGGAAUUGCAGUCUAUGAUUCUUUCCUUUAUUAUACUGAUGAACAGUAUGAGGUCAUUGAAAGAGUUGACAAGGCCACUGGGGCCAACAAAAUAGUCUUGAGAGAUAAUGUUCCAAAUCUGAGGGGUCUUCAAGUUUAUCACAGACGCAAUGCUGCCGAAUCCUCAAAUGGCUGUAGCAACAACAUGAAUGCCUGUCAGCAGAUUUGCCUGCCUGUACCAGGAGGAUUGUUUUCCUGUGCCUGUGCCACUGGAUUUAAACUCAAUCCUGAUAAUCGGUCCUGCUCUCCAUAUAACUCUUUCAUUGUUGUUUCAAUGCUGUCUGCAAUCAGAGGCUUUAGCUUGGAAUUGUCAGAUCAUUCAGAAACCAUGGUGCCAGUGGCAGGCCAAGGACGAAAUGCACUGCAUGUGGAUGUGGAUGUGUCCUCUGGCUUUAUUUAUUGGUGUGAUUUUAGCAGCUCGGUGGCAUCUGAUAAUGCGAUCCGUAGAAUUAAACCAGAUGGAUCUUCUUUGACGAACAUUGUUACACAUGGAAUAGGAGAAAAUGGAGUCCGGGGUAUUGCAGUGGAUUGGGUAGCAGGAAAUCUUUAUUUCACCAAUGCUUUUGUUUCUGAAACACUGAUAGAAGUUCUGCGGAUCAAUACUACUUACCGCCGUGUUCUUCUUAAAGUCACAGUGGACAUGCCUAGGCAUAUUGUUGUAGAUCCCAAGAACAGAUAUCUCUUCUGGGCUGACUAUGGGCAGAGACCAAAGAUUGAGCGUUCUUUCCUUGACUGUACCAAUCGAACUGUGCUUGUGUCAGAGGGCAUUGUCACACCACGGGGCUUAGCAGUGGACCGAAGCGAUGGCUACGUUUAUUGGGUUGAUGAUUCUUUAGAUAUAAUUGCAAGGAUUCGUAUCAAUGGAGAGAACUCUGAAGUGAUUCGUUAUGGCAGUCGUUACCCAACACCUUAUGGCAUCACUGUUUUUGAAAAUUCUAUCAUAUGGGUAGAUAGGAAUUUGAAAAAAAUCUUCCAAGCCAGCAAGGAACCAGAGAACACAGACCCACCCACAGUGAUAAGAGACAAUAUCAACUGGCUAAGAGAUGUGACCAUCUUUGACAAGCAAGUCCAGCGCCGGUCACCAGCAGAGGUCAACAACAACCCUUGCUUGGAAAACAAUGGUGGGUGCUCUCAUCUCUGCCUUGCUCUGCCUGGAUUGCACACCCCAAAAUGUGACUGUGCCUUUGGGACCCUGCAAAGUGAUGGCAAGAACUGUGCCAUUUCAACAGAAAAUUUCCUCAUCUUUGCCUUGUCUAAUUCCUUGAGAAGCUUACACUUGGACCCUGAAAACCAUAGCCCACCUUUCCAAACAAUAAAUGUGGAAAGAACUGUCAUGUCUCUAGACUAUGACAGUGUAAGUGAUAGAAUCUACUUCACACAAAAUUUAGCCUCUGGAGUUGGACAGAUUUCCUAUGUCAGCCUGUCUUCAGGGAUCCAUACUCCAACUGUCAUUGCUUCAGGUAUAGGGACUGCUGAUGGCAUUGCCUUUGACUGGAUUACUAGAAGAAUUUAUUACAGUGACUACCUCAACCAGACGAUUAAUUCCAUGGCUGAAGAUGGGUCUAACCGCACUGUGAUAGCCCGCAUUCCAAAACCAAGAGCAAUUGUGUUAGAUCCCUGCCAAGGGUACCUGUACUGGGCUGACUGGGAUACGCAUGCCAAAAUCGAGAGAGCCACAUUGGGAGGAAACUUCCGGGUACCCAUUGUGAACAGCAGUCUGGUCAUGCCCAGUGGGCUGACUCUGGACUAUGAGGAGGACCUUCUCUACUGGGUGGAUGCUAGUCUGCAGAGGAUUGAACGCAGCACUCUGACGGGCAUGGAUCGUGAAGUUAUUGUCAAUGCAGCUGUUCAUGCUUUUGGCUUGACUCUCUAUGGCCAGUAUAUUUACUGGACUGACUUGUACACACAAAGAAUUUACCGAGCUAACAAAUAUGACGGGUCAGGUCAGAUUGCAAUGACCACAAAUUUGCUCUCCCAGCCCAGGGGAGUCAACACUGUUGUGAAGAACCAGAAACAACAGUGUAACAAUCCUUGUGAACAGUUUAAUGGGGGCUGCAGCCAUAUCUGUGCACCAGGUCCAAAUGGUGCCGAGUGCCAGUGUCCACAUGAGGGCAACUGGUAUUUGGCCAACAACAGGAAGCACUGCAUUGUGGACAAUGGUGAACGAUGUGGUGCAUCUUCUUUCACCUGCUCCAAUGGGCGCUGCAUCUCGGAAGAGUGGAAGUGUGAUAAUGACAACGACUGUGGGGAUGGCAGUGAUGAGAUGGAAAGUGUCUGUGCACUUCACACCUGCUUACCAACAGCCUUCACCUGUGCCAAUGGGCGAUGUGUCCAAUACUCUUACCGCUGUGAUUACUACAAUGACUGUGGUGAUGGCAGUGAUGAGGCAGGGUGCCUGUUCAGGGACUGCAAUGCCACCACGGAGUUUAUGUGCAAUAAUAGAAGGUGCAUACCUCGUGAGUUUGUCUGCAAUGGUGUAGACAACUGCCAUGAUAAUAACACUUCAGAUGAGAAAAAUUGCCCUGAUCGCACUUGCCAGUCUGGAUACACAAAAUGUCAUAAUUCAAAUAUUUGUAUUCCUCGCGUUUAUUUGUGUGACGGAGACAAUGACUGUGGAGAUAACAGUGAUGAAAACCCUACUUAUUGCACCACUCACACGUGCAGCAGCAGUGAGUUCCAAUGCACAUCUGGACGCUGUAUUCCUCAACAUUGGUAUUGUGAUCAAGAAACAGAUUGUUUUGAUGCCUCUGAUGAACCUGCCUCUUGUGGUCACUCUGAGCGAACAUGCCUAGCUGAUGAGUUCAAAUGUGAUGGUGGGAGAUGCAUCCCAAGUGAAUGGAUCUGUGACGGUGAUAAUGACUGUGGGGAUAUGAGUGACGAGGAUGAAAGGCACCAGUGUCAGAAUCAAAACUGCUCGGAUUCCGAGUUUCUUUGUGUAAAUGACAGACCUCCGGACAGGAGGUGCAUUCCCCAGUCUUGGGUCUGUGAUGGUGAUGUGGACUGUACUGAUGGCUACGAUGAGAAUCAGAAUUGCACCAGGAGAACUUGUUCUGAAAAUGAAUUCACCUGUGGUUACGGACUGUGUAUCCCAAAGAUAUUCAGGUGUGACCGGCACAAUGACUGUGGUGACUACAGCGAUGAGAGGGGCUGCUCAUACCAGACUUGCCAACAGAACCAGUUUACCUGUCAGAACGGGCGCUGCAUUAGUGAAACCUUUGUCUGUGAUGAGGAUAAUGACUGUGGAGAUGGAUCUGAUGAGUUGAUGCACCUGUGCCACACCCCAGAACCCACAUGUCCACCUCACGAGUUCAAGUGUGACAAUGGGCGCUGCAUCGAGAUGAUGAAACUCUGCAACCACCUAGAUGACUGUUUGGACAACAGCGAUGAGAAAGGUUGUGGCAUUAAUGAAUGCCAUGACCCUUCAAUCAGUGGCUGCGAUCACAACUGCACAGACACCUUAACCAGUUUCUAUUGUUCCUGUCAUCCUGGUUACAAGCUCAUGUCUGACAAGCGGACUUGUGUUGAUAUUGAUGAAUGCACAGAGAUGCCUUUUGUCUGUAGCCAGAAGUGUGAGAACGUAAUAGGCUCCUACAUCUGUAAGUGUGCCCCAGGCUACCUCCGAGAACCAGAUGGAAAGACCUGCCGGCAAAACAGUAACAUCGAACCCUAUCUCAUUUUUAGCAACCGUUACUAUUUGAGAAAUUUAACUAUAGAUGGCUAUUUUUACUCCCUCAUCUUGGAAGGACUGGGCAAUGUUGUGGCAUUAGAUUUUGACCGAGUAGAAAAGAGAUUGUAUUGGAUUGAUACACAGAGGCAAGUCAUUGAGAGAAUGUUUCUGAAUAAGACAAACAAGGAGACAAUCAUAAACCACAGACUACCAGCUGCAGAAAGUCUGGCUGUAGACUGGGUUUCCAGAAAGCUCUACUGGUUGGAUGCCCGCCUGGAUGGCCUCUUUGUCUCUGACCUCAAUGGUGGACAUCGCCGCAUGCUGGCCCAGCACUGUGUGGAUGCCAAUAACACCUUCUGCUUUGAUAAUCCCAGAGGACUUGCCCUUCACCCUCAAUAUGGGUACAUCUACUGGGCAGACUGGGGUCACCGCGCAUACAUUGGGAGAGUAGGCAUGGAUGGAACCAACAAGUCUGUGAUUAUCUCCACCAAGUUAGAGUGGCCUAAUGGCAUCACCAUUGAUUACACCAAUGAUCUACUCUACUGGGCAGAUGCCCACCUGGGUUACAUAGAGUACUCUGAUUUGGAGGGCCACCAUCGACACACGGUGUAUGAUGGGGCACUGCCUCACCCUUUCGCUAUUACCAUUUUUGAAGACACUAUUUAUUGGACAGAUUGGAAUACAAGGACAGUGGAAAAGGGAAACAAAUAUGAUGGAUCAAAUAGACAGACACUGGUGAACACAACACACAGACCAUUUGACAUCCAUGUGUACCAUCCAUAUAGGCAGCCCAUUGUGAGCAAUCCCUGUGGUACCAACAAUGGUGGCUGUUCUCAUCUCUGCCUCAUCAAGCCAGGAGGAAAAGGGUUCACUUGCGAGUGUCCAGAUGACUUCCGCACCCUUCAGCUGAGUGGCAGCACCUACUGCAUGCCCAUGUGCUCCAGCACCCAGUUCCUGUGUGCUAACAAUGAAAAGUGCAUUCCUAUCUGGUGGAAAUGUGAUGGACAGAAAGACUGCUCAGAUGGCUCUGAUGAACUGGCCCUUUGCCCACAGCGCUUCUGCCGACUAGGACAGUUCCAGUGCAAUGAUGGCAACUGCACCAGCCCGCAGACUUUAUGCAAUGCUCACCAAAAUUGCCCUGAUGGGUCUGAUGAAGACCGUCUUCUUUGUGAGAAUCACCACUGUGACUCCAAUGAAUGGCAGUGUGCCAACAAACGUUGCAUCCCAGAAUCCUGGCAGUGUGACACGUUUAACGACUGUGAGGAUAACUCAGAUGAAGACAGUUCCCACUGUGCCAGCAGGACCUGCCGGCCAGGCCAGUUUCGGUGUGCUAAUGGCCGCUGCAUCCCACAGGCCUGGAAGUGUGAUGUGGAUAAUGAUUGUGGAGACCAUUCGGAUGAGCCCAUUGAAGAAUGCAUGAGCUCUGCCCAUCUCUGUGACAACUUCACAGAAUUCAGCUGCAAAACAAAUUACCGCUGCAUCCCAAAGUGGGCCGUGUGCAAUGGUGUAGACGACUGCAGGGACAACAGUGACGAGCAAGGCUGUGAGGAGAGGACAUGCCAUCCUGUGGGGGAUUUCCGCUGUAAAAAUCACCACUGCAUCCCUCUUCGUUGGCAGUGUGAUGGGCAAAAUGACUGUGGAGAUAACUCAGAUGAGGAAAACUGUGCCCCCCGGGAGUGCACGGAGAGCGAGUUUCGAUGUGUCAAUCAGCAGUGCAUUCCCUCGCGAUGGAUCUGUGACCAUUACAACGACUGUGGGGACAACUCAGAUGAACGGGACUGUGAGAUGAGGACCUGCCAUCCUGAAUAUUUUCAGUGUACAAGUGGACAUUGUGUACCCAGUGAAUUGAAAUGUGAUGGAACCGCUGACUGUUUGGAUGCCUCUGAUGAAGCUGAUUGUCCCACACGCUUUCCUGAUGGUGCAUACUGCCAGGCUACUAUGUUCGAAUGCAAAAACCAUGUUUGUAUCCCGCCAUAUUGGAAAUGUGAUGGCGAUGAUGACUGUGGUGAUGGUUCAGAUGAAGAACUUCACCUGUGCUUGAAUGUUCCCUGUAAUUCACCAAACCGUUUCCGGUGUGACAACAAUCGCUGCAUUUAUGGUCAUGAGGUGUGCAAUGGUGUGGAUGACUGUGGAGAUGGAACUGAUGAGACAGAGGAGCACUGUAGAAAACCAACCCCUAAACCUUGUACGGAAUAUGAAUAUAAGUGUGGCAAUGGGCAUUGCAUUCCACACGACAAUGUGUGUGAUGAUGCCGAUGACUGUGGUGACUGGUCCGAUGAACUUGGUUGCAAUAAAGGAAAAGAAAGAACAUGUGCUGAAAAUAUAUGCGAGCAAAAUUGUACCCAAUUAAAUGAAGGAGGAUUUAUCUGCUCCUGUACAGCUGGGUUCGAAACCAAUGUUUUUGACAGAACCUCCUGUCUAGAUAUCAAUGAAUGUGAGCAAUUUGGGACUUGUCCCCAGCACUGCAGAAAUACCAAAGGAAGUUAUGAGUGUGUCUGUGCUGAUGGCUUCACAUCUAUGAGUGACCGCCCUGGAAAACGAUGUGCAGCUGAGGGUAACUCUCCUUUGUUGCUACUGCCUGAUAAUGUCCGAAUUCGAAAAUAUAAUCUCUCAUCUGAGAGGUUCUCAGAGUAUCUUCAAGAUGAGGAAUAUAUCCAAGCUGUUGAUUAUGAUUGGGAUCCUGAGGGCAUAGGCCUCAGUGUUGUGUAUUACACUGUGCGAGCGGAGGGCUCUAGAUUUGGUGCUAUCAAACGUGCCUACAUCCCCAACUUUGAAUCUGGCCGCAAUAAUCUUGUGCAGGAAGUUGACCUGAAACUGAAAUAUGUAAUGCAGCCGGAUGGAAUAGCAGUGGACUGGGUUGGAAGGCAUAUUUACUGGUCGGAUGUCAAGAAUAAACGAAUUGAGGUGGCUAAACUUGAUGGAAGGUACAGAAAGUGGCUGAUUUCCACUGACCUGGAUCAACCAGCUGCAAUUGCUGUGAACCCCAAACUAGGGCUUAUGUUCUGGACUGACUGGGGAAAGGAACCUAAAAUCGAGUCUGCCUGGAUGAAUGGAGAGGACCGCAACAUCCUGGUUUUCGAGGACCUUGGUUGGCCAACUGGCCUUUCUAUUGAUUAUUUGAACAAUGACCGACUCUACUGGAGUGACUUCAAGGAGGACGUUAUUGAAACCAUAAAAUGUGAUGGGACUGAUAGGAGAGUCAUUGCAAAGGAAGCAAUGAACCCUUACAGCCUGGACAUCUUUGAAGACCAGUUAUACUGGAUAUCUAAGGAAAAGGGAGAAGUAUGGAAACAAAAUAAAUUUGGGCAAGGAAAGAAAGAGAAAACGCUGGUAGUGAACCCUUGGCUCACUCAAGUUCGAAUCUUUCAUCAACUCAGAUACAAUAAGUCAGUGCCCAACCUUUGCAAACAGAUCUGCAGCCACCUCUGCCUUCUGAGACCUGGAGGAUACAGCUGCGCCUGUCCCCAAGGCUCCACCUUUAUAGAGGGGAGCACCACUGAGUGUGAUGCAGCCAUCGAACUGCCUAUCAACCUGCCCCCCCCAUGCAGGUGCAUGCACGGAGGAAAUUGCUAUUUUGAUGAGACUGACCUCCCCAAAUGCAAGUGUCCUAGCGGCUACACAGGAAAAUAUUGUGAAAUGGCGUUUUCAAAAGGCAUCUCUCCAGGAACAACUGCAGUAGCUGUGCUGUUGACAAUCCUCUUGAUCGUCAUAAUUGGAGCUCUGGCAAUUGCAGGAUUCUUCCACUAUAGAAGAACCGGCUCCCUUUUGCCUGCUCUGCCCAAGCUGCCAAGCUUAAGCAGUCUUGUCAAGCCCUCUGAAAAUGGGAAUGGGGUGACCUUCAGAUCAGGGGCAGAUCUUAACAUGGAUAUUGGAGUGUCUGGUUUUGGACCUGAGACUGCUAUUGACAGGUCAAUGGCAAUGAGUGAAGACUUCGUCAUGGAAAUGGGGAAGCAGCCCAUAAUAUUUGAAAACCCAAUGUACUCAGCCAGAGACAGUGCUGCCAAAGUGGUUCAGCCAACCCAGGUGACUGUAUCUGGAAAUGUGGAUAAUAAGAAUUAUGGAAGUCCCAUAAACCCUUCUGAGAUAGUUCCAGAGACAAACCCAACUUCCCCGGCUGCUGAUGGAACUCAGGUGACAAAAUGGAAUCUCUUCAAACGAAAAGCUAAACAAACUACCAACUUUGAAAAUCCAAUCUAUGCACAGAUGGAGAACGAGCAAAAGGAAAGUGUUGCUGCGACCCCACCUCCAUCACCUUCGCUCCCUGCUAAGCCUAAGCCUCCUUCGAGAAGAGACCCAGCUCCAACCUAUUCUGCAACAGAAGACACUUUUAAAGACACUGCAAAUCUUGUUAAAGAAGACUCUGAAGUAUAGCUAUACCAGCUAUUUAGGGAAUAAUUGGAAACACACUUUUGCACAUAUAUUUUUUACAAACAGAUAAGAAAAGUUAACAUUCAGUACUUUAUGAAAAAGAUAUAUUUUUCCCUGUUUGCCUAUAGUUGGAAGUAUCCUGUGUGUCUUUUUUUACUUAUGCCGUCUCAUAUUUUUACAAAUAAUUAUCACGAUGUACUAUAUGUAUAUCUUUGCACUGAAGUUGUCUGAAGGUAGUACUAUAAAUAUAUUGUAUAUUUGUAAAUUUUGGAAAGAUUAUCCUGUUACUGAAUUUGCUAAUAAAGAUGUCUGCUAAUUUGGUUGGUGACCAUUAUAGUAAAUGAUCCAACAAGAAAAGGAAUUGACUCGGGACCUUUAGCCGUGUCUAAAGAAGAGGCACCACUCAUGUUUCCUAUAAAAUUAUCUAGGAAAGGAAUCCAGGCCCCGCUCUUGGGUCCAUUUUUACACAUUAGCACUUAAUUAAUGUUCAAAAUUACAUGUCAAUUUGAUUAAUGGGUAUGUUGAUAGGGGCCACUAUGUGUUGUAUAGACAUCUGGACUUGACCGUAGACUCCUCAGAUAAUAGAGAAGGUAGAAAAAGAAAUUCAGUUUGGCCCUUCUGUGUGUUGGCAUUGUCUAACCAGAACUCUGUUUCAUGUGUGUUCUCUCACUAGCUGCCAAGGCAACAUUUUUAUUUGUGAUGUCUAUGAGGAAAUCCCAUAUCAUUAAGUGCCAGUGUCCUGCAUUGAGUUUGUGGUUAAUUAAAUGAGCUCUUCUGCCUGAUGGACCCUGGAGCAAUUUCUCCCCUCACCUGACAUUCAAGGUGGUCACCUGCCCUAGUAGUUGGAGCUCAGUAGCUGAAUUUCUGAAACCAAAUCUGUGUCUUCAUAAAAUAAGGUGCAAAAAAAAAAAAAAAAAAAAACCAGUUAAGCAAAGCCUCAACUGGGUUUUUGUUUCUGUGAAAAUAUCGUUAUAAUCACUAUUUAUUUCCUAAGUUGAACCUGAAUAGAAAGGGAAACCAUUCUUAUUAAGCUUUUUAUUAGGCCCUUUGGCUAAAUGUGUACAUUUAUAUUAGAAUGUACUGUACAGUCCAGAUCUUUAAUUCUUUUUUUUUUUUUUUAAGAGAUGGAGUCUUGCUAUGUUGCCCAGGCUGAUCUUGAAGUCCUGGGCUCAAGUGAUCCUCCCACCUCAGCCUCCUGAGUAGUUGGGAUUAUGGGCAUGAGCCACUGUGCCUGGCUUCCAGCUCUUCUCUUAAAUAGUGGGUAUAGUCUGCACAACAGGAAUCAUGGCAGGAAUAUACACUUUCCCAUAGCAAAUAGCAUUCCUGACUCUCUGUGCUAAUAUUGCACAUUUGUUAAACAAUGAAUGAAUGGAUGGAUGGAUGGAUGAAUGAAACAUAUACUACUGAUUAUUUUAUUCCAGAGUUCUCAAAAUAUUUGUUGCUGAUAUUUUGAGUGCUGAUUGUAAUUACUUUGAUUAGAUAAACAACUGGAAAUAAUGCUGCUGAAAAAUUUCUAAUAAAUGUGUAUUUUAUCAGA